GCAUUUUUAGAGCUGCUGCACUAUCUGGUGCUUCUACUAGAAUUUAUGAGGUUUUGGAAUUAUGUGACAGAAUAGAACAAGACUAUGUUGGUAAAGGUGAAAAAAAAGAUAAUUUGCAAUAUUUUCUGUUCAUCUAUUUUGCCAAUUUGGAUGUCAAUGAUCAAAAAACAGUUGAUGAAUUUCUCUUGAAAUUGGAUAAAAUUCCAAAUAAAUCAAACCUUGGUGCAAAUGCGAUUCCUAGUGUAUCUUUUGCAGUCGCUAAAGCUGGUAAUGUUACAAUAAUGUUUUUGUAUAGGGACAUUCCACUUUACGCACACAUAGCCGAUCUCACUGGAAGUAAAAAACCUUAUGUUCUUUCUAUAUCCAUUUUCAAUAUGAUCAAUGGCAGUUCUCAUGCUG